CGCCUUCCCUCGCCUCCGCUCGGCCUCCCUCCCGGAUCCCGUCUCGGCUUCCUUCAGCCGCUCUUACCGCACCUGCUACUUCGACCAGAAGAUAGACCACUUUGGCUUUGCUGAAGACGGCACGUUCAAGCAGCGCUUCCUCGUAGCAGACCAGCACUGGAGGCCAGAUGAGGGGACCAUCCUUUUCUAUACUGGCAACGAAGGCGACAUUACCUGGUUUGCGAACAACACGGGUCUUAUGUGGAACAUAGCUGAAGAGCUUGGCGCCAUCUUGAUUUUUGCUGAGCACCGAUACUAUGGGGUGUCUCUGCCCUUCGGAAACAAAUCGUUCGAUGAUGCCAGGUACCUGAACUACCUGACGUCGGAGCAAGCGCUGGCGGACUUCGCGGUCCUCGUUCAGCAUCUGAAGAAGACUAUCCCAGGAGCCCAGGACACCCCUGCCAUUGCCAUAGGGGGGUCAUACGGAGGGAUGCUUGCGGCUUGGUUUCGAAUGAAAUAUCCCCACGUAGUUGCUGGAGCUCUUGCGGCUUCGGCUCCCAUCUGGCAAUUUGAGGACUUGGUUUCUUGCGGCACCUUUUAUAACAUAGUGACUCAGGACUUCCAAAAGAGCGGGAACUACUGUUCGGAAAACAUCCGGAAUUCCUGGGCCGCCAUUGACCGCCUGGCUUCCACAGCGGCAGGCACCCGGUGGCUGACUUGUGCAUUUCGACUGUGCAGUCCGCUGACCACCGCGCAGGAUGUGGCCAACUUCAAAGGCUGGCUGACAGAGACGUGGGUGAAUUUGGCGAUGGUGGAUUACCCCUACAAGGCCAACUUCUUGCAGCCACUCCCUGCCUGGCCUAUUCAGGUGGUUUGCAAAUACUUGCAGCAACCCAAACUUUCUGACAAAGCCCUGCUGAAAAACAUCUUCCAGGCUGUCAACGUCUAUUACAACUACUCCGGCAAUACGUCGUGCUUCAGCUUAUCUCAGACAGCUACGCAGAGCCUCGGGAUGCAGGGCUGGUAUUACCAGGCAUGUACGGAAAUGGUGAUGCCCAUGUGCUCUGACGGCGUCAACGACAUGUUCGAGCCUCAGAAGUGGAACUUCCAGGCCUACUCGGAUGAGUGCUUCAAGGCGUGGGGCGUGAGACCUCGUCCUUCAUGGAUCCCCACUUCCUUUGGGGGGAAAAACAUCAGCUCGCACAGCAACAUUCUCUUCAGCAAUGGCGGGCUUGACCCCUGGUCUGGGGGCGGAGUGACGCAGAACAUCACGGACACCCUGGUUGCCGUCGUGAUCCCGGAAGGGGCCCACCACCUUGACCUGCGCUCCAACAGCCCUUUUGACCCCAACUCUGUUCUGCAAGCCCGGAUGCUGGAGGUUCACUUCAUGAAGCUGUGGGUGAAGAAGAUCGAUCAGGAAAAACGCAGGAAAUGA